AUGCCCGAUCUGGAGCGGCGCGACGCGGGGCCGAUGCCGUGGCAGUCGCUCGAGGACCGCAUCCGCGACGCGGACCGCUCGCACAUCGCGGUGCCCCACGGGCAGAACGAUGACGAGCUCUACGCGGUGCGCCGGUCGCAGCGCUCGCGCUUGACGCGCGCCAACUGGUUCGGAUUCAAGUCCCCCGAGGUGCCUGGCGAGGCCGCGCGCGAUUUUUGCAUGCGCGAGCGCAACUACAUGUCGUGGGUCAAGUUCUUUACGUACAUGUCGAUUCUCGCGAGCGCCAUGUUUCUCCAGCUGCAGCUCCAGGAUGAGAAAGAGCAGCCGCAGCAGAUCGAGACGCUGCGCGCGAUGCUCUCGCACCCCACACGCCGCAGCCAGGCGCCGUAUACGCUGCCUGCUGUUGAUCCCUCGGUGCACAUGACCAAGCUCAGUGACAAAGGACUGCUGCACCAGGACACGGCGCUCGGCGCGAUCUACCUCGCGCUGGCGCUGCUCUCGUUUGUCGUCUCGACCCACGACUACUAUGCGUGCAUCCGGCAGCUGGAGGCGGAGCAUACCUACCUGGACGAGUGCGAAGGGCAUACGCACCCCAUGGUCACGAUCCUCUCGUGUGUCAUUGGUCUGAUGGUCAUGGCUACGGCACUGCUGAUGCUGGUACAGCGCGAAGUGUAA